AUGAUAGGUAUAGUGACGAAAAAGUCACAUCGAGGUUUCUCAAUUGUUAGAAAUGAGCAAAAGUUCAACUUGCCGAAACGUUACAAUUAUAGCCGUUCUAUCGCAUCAUACAUAACAGAACUAGGAGGGCAUAGAUUAUGGGUACUAAGCGGCAAGACCCUUUAUGAUUUUGACUUGGAUAAAGUCGAAAGAGGCGCCUACAAUACAAGUAAUCCAUUAAUAUAUAAGAUACCAGAUAAGCACAGAUUCAAGACAAAAAAAAUCUGA